AUGGAUAAAUAUUCCAAUAGUGUAAAGGUUGCAGAGGAGUUACUUAAGCAUAAAACAAACAUCUGUGGCACAAUUAGAGUAAACAGAGRAUUGCCAAAUGGUUUAAAAUCUGCUACAUUGAAAAAUAAGUCAAUGGAAUUUCUUAGAAAAGGGAAAAUUUGGGUACAAAAAUGGAAUUCGGGCAAAAAAUUGAUAACGAUGAUUUCUACGAUACAUUCAGCAGACAURGUCGAAUGUGCAAGUAAAAGAACCAAAAAGAAGUACAUUAAACCAAUUUGCAUACGAGAGUAUAACAAAUUUAUGAAAGGUGUUGAUCACGCCGAUCAAUACCUAUCAUUCAAACAAUUUUUACUAAACCUUGCACUAGCAUGGAUUAAUGGGAAUGAAGAGGAGCAACAAUCAAGAUCRGCUGCUCAAUGUAAUAAAAGAUCGCCGAGGUUUGAUYCAUCAGGCAGACUUACUACGAACAUGAGAAAACAUAGAAUAACAUGUAUUAGUGGUAAUGGGAGAAUUCAAAACCCGCGAAGGGCUUGUAAAGUUUGCAGUGCCGCCAAGAAAAAAAGUUCCACUGCAUACAUGUGUUCUUCCUGCAACGUUCCUCUGCAUGUUGGAAAAUGUUUUCAAAAUUAUCAUACUAAAAAGAACUAUGGAUCCUAG